AUGAAACCUUCAUUAAAUUUCGAUUUUAAUGAAGUCUAAUUUGAUGAGCAAUAGAUACCAAAUUAUACAAGAGAAUUUAUGGAUUAAAUGAGAGAUCAUAUGUAUCAUGUUAGAAAGUUUGAAUAAAUACAAAAGAAUCAAACACCAAAAUUAAUUUCAUAAAGGCCUAUGAGUGCCUAAGCCAAAUAUUUAAUGACUCCUUAAGAAAAACAUAAAUACUUAAAAAAGAAAGAACCCAUUUAAGUUAGUCCAAAUAAAUAAUCACAACUCAAAAAUACUUCAAAUGUAAUUAAAUUUGGGAAAACCUAUAUAUCUGAAACAAUUCCUGUGAUUCAUUCAAAUAUUUUCAUUUCUGGUUCUGAUGUAUAACUCAGUAAAUAAACUAAUAGUUCUAAAGUCUCUAAAAUGAAAUCACCAAUAUAACAGAUAAUUAAUAAGCCAUAACAAAUAAAUUAAAAGUCCUUAGAUUAACCUGUUAAAAAUGAAGUUAUAGGUGUUUUCGAUUGGGAAGAAGAAUUUGAUGAAUAAUUUUUUAUAAAAGAAGCAAUGAAGUAUUAAGAAAAAAACUAAAGACUUUAAACAAUCGAAAAAGUAAAUAGAGAAUAAUUUUUAUAAAAAGUAAAGACUUAAUAAAGUGCUUCUUCACUUAAAAAUGUAAAAUAAACAAAAGAAGAUAUUCUAAAAUAGUAAUAAAUGGAAAUUUAAUAAAAAUAAGCUAAAUUAGAGUAAUUAAGACAAUAUAAUAAUUCUUUAUAACCUAUUGAAACUGCUUAGAAAUUCAAAGAAGAAGAAGAUAAUUAUGAGAAUGAUUUUGUAGAUGAAGAAUAAAUUAUUGAACAAAAGAUUGUUAAAUAAUAAUAAAUAGUAUAAAAUAAUGAAGAAGAUGAUGAUUAUGGUAAAGAUGGAUUUGAAGUUUAUGAAGAGAAUAAAGUUAUGGAAACUAAUAAUAUAGAUGAUGAAAAAUAAUGGAAAUAAAAUGAAAAUUUGAAAAAAAAAGAAUAGAUUUAAAAUAAGACUACGACAGAUUCAAAAAGCACUUUAACUUAUAAUUCAAAAACUAGAAAAAAAUAAAUUAUUUAUAGAGCUAAAAAUGCAAAAGAAAGAAAAGAGGAGUUAGAAGGAAUGAGAGAAGAAUUAUAAAAAAAUUUAAUAGAAAAUGAUGCUGAAUCUGCUAAAAUAUACAAAUUAUUAUAAGAUUCAAGAGAAAAAGAAAAAAUUAUGAUUGAAGUUAAUUCAAAAAGGCGAGAAGAAUUAAUAUUAGCUCGCUUAACUUUACAGCAAUUAUCAGAAAAGAUUGAUUAAUAAUUACACAUGAUAGAUGUAAUAGGAAUAUUAAUAUCAUUAGGAUUUAGAUAAAAAAGAACAUUAUGCUUAAUAAAUUAUUGAAAAGUUGAAAGAGAAUAGAAAAAGAUAAUAAUAAUAAUAUGAUGAAGAGAUAGAAAAGUUUUUAGCUUGUAAAGUAAUUGCAAGAUUCCUCAAAUGCAAAAAAGAUAGAAAAUUAUUUUUAGAGUUAAGACGUUAAAAGUUUAUGAAUAUGCUCAUAUAAUGA